UUCGAAAGAUGACUAGACAGGCACCAAACUUAACCACACCUUCUAGAUAACAGAGGCAGAACUUGAAGCCAACAAUACGCAUUCUGAAUCCACGUUGCCGCUCCAGGUUUCUCCUCCUCAUCCUGCACCUUCUCAAAAUCACUCAAAUUCUCUCUAUCAUGUGGUUUCUUGUGUUUUCUCUCCAUUGCUAUAGAUACUACUAAUUAGAGAUAGAUAACUUAGAAAGAAGAAACACAAUAGAGACUUCAGAUCAAGAUGGAUAAUAUGCAGAGACCCAUCAAAGUUCUGAUGUUGCCAUGGCUUGCUCACGGCCACGUAUCACCAUAUUUAGAGCUAGCAAAGAGGCUUUCCACAAGAAACUUCCACAUUUACUUGUGUUCAACUCCUGUCAAUCUUAGCUCCAUCAAACCCAAGAUUUCCGAGAAAUAUUCAUCCUCCAUUGAACUUGUCGAGCUUCACCUCCCUUCUCUGCCUGACCUCCCUCCCCACUAUCACACAACCAAAGGCUUGCCUCCUCACCUUAUGAACACCCUAAAGGCGGCUUUUGACAUGGCGAGCCCUGGCUUCGGCGAUAUCGUCACAAGCCUGGGCCCUGAUUUGCUCAUCCACGAAUUUCUCCAACCGUGGGCAGCAGAAGUGGCGAAAUCUCAUGGCCUGCCAUCGGUCGUCCUCUUCAAUGUUGGGGCGGGGACGAUAUCUUUUAUGUUCCAUAUGAUCAAGAACACUGGCAAUAAGUUCCCAUUCGAAGCAAUUCGUCUUCAUGAUUACGAGCUGGCAAAAAUCAGGAAGGCAGCAGACGAUUCCACGGCCCGUGUGAAUGAAAAAGAUAGGGUUCUACAAAGUGUUGAGAGGUCCUCCAACUUUAUCUUGUUGAAGACCUUUAGAGAGAUGGAUGGGAAGUACAUGGAUUAUCUCUCAAGUCUCUUGGGGAAAAAAGUGUUGACUGUUGGUCCACUUGUGGAAGACCCUAGCAACACGGAAGAUGGAGAUAGCAUCAUUGAGUGGCUUGACAAGAGAGAGAAAUCGUCUACUAUUUUUGUGUCAUUUGGUACUGAAUAUUUUCUCACUGAGAAAGAAAGAGAAGAGAUUGCUCAUGGAUUGGAGCUCAGUAAUGUCAACUUCAUUUGGGUCAUUAGGUUUUCUGUAGAAGAGAGCGUUGAGCUUAAAGAGGCAUUGCCUAAGGGUUUCCUGGAAAGAGUAAGAGAUAGGGGAUUGGUGAUAGAUGGAUGGGCACCACAAGGAAAGAUUCUGGAGCAUCCAAGCAUAGGUGGGUUUGUGAGUCAUUGUGGAUGGGGCUCCAUUAUGGAAAGCAUGAAGUCCGGGGUCCCGAUCAUCGCAAUGCCGAUGCAACACGAUCAGCCCUUAAAUGCCCGGAUGGUCGAGGAGGUUGGGGUCGCAAUGGAGGUGAAGAGAAAUAAGAGUGGAGAGCUUGAGAGAUUGGAGAUUGCGAAGGUGAUCAAGCAUGUGGUGGCGGAGAAAGAUGGGGACAGUGUGAGGAAGAAGACAAAAGAAAUGAGUGACAGUAUUAGGAACAAAGGAGAGGAAGAAUUAGAUGAAGUGGCUGAAGCACUGGUCCAGCUUUGUGUGAGAUAUAGAGAACAAUCCAUAUUAUAGGUAUGUGAAUAUGGGAUGCGUCUGUAGUCCAUACCUAUAAUAUGAGAAAAUUAGAUUUGAUUUUCAAAUAGUUUGAGCGAAAAUUAGAUUUGAUUUUUAUUUGAAUAAAAAUAAGCAAUUAAUAUUGUAUUUAUAAAUCGUCAAAUAUAUAAUUUCUAAUUUUCCCA